AAAACGUAAUCGACGUAAAUUGUUCAUUAAAAAAAUAGUAUUGGAGGUUACGUUUUCAUUGACAAUGGCACAGUCGACAGCCAGUGGAACGUCUUCCCGACGAUAUAUGAGAGAACACGAUGUUAGCAUACCAUCCUCUUCACGUUACGUGGACAGUGAGUGGGAGACCAAAGAGGCUCUACGACCAAGAGAACUUGAAGAAGCAAGAGCACGAGCGGCUCAAAUGGAAAAAACAAUGAGGUGGUGGUCAGAUUGUACAGCUAAUUGGCGGGAGAAAUGGAGUAAAGUGCGUAAUGAGAGAAACAUGGCAAGGGAAGAAGCAAAAAUGCUUAGAGCAAAGUUAGAAAUUGCUGUGAAAGAUGCAAACAGUUAUAAGCACGAGUGUCAGGAACUUGAGUUGCAAAAUGAACAACUGAAAAAGGAAAUGGAAAAGAUACAUAUGAUAUUAUUAAAACAUGCAGGACAAUUUGACCAACAGAUUUUUACAGUUUUAGAAUCAGAUCCACAAUUAAGAAGUACACUAGGUAUAGAAGAAUUUUUAAAGUUUUACAAUAAUGUAGAACGCAGUGAAAGUGUAAACUCUCAAAAGGAUAUACAUACUUGUAAAACUUUGCUGGAUGAACCUAAUAUCUGUUUAGGAAAUCAUAAUAUCUUACCAGACAGAGAUAUUGAAGAGUAUGUGUUGCAAGGGGCAGUGCCAAAGCAUGCUGUAGAGUUAUAUAAAGAAAGUUCUAUAAAUUUAUUGGAUAAAGAUACUUCGAGAUUAGUUACAGAUUGUAGUUCUAUAGAAAACCGUGUAGAGAAGCUUCAGGUUUCUUUACAAAAUGAUGAAUCUUCUGCACAAAAGAUAUUAAUGCUUCAACAACUACAUUUACAUUUUUUCGCUAGGGAAAAGAAUUCGUUACACCGUGGUAUGGAGAAGCUAAAGGCAGAAAUAACGCAAUUACGUAAACAAUGUGAUGAAAUAGAAGAAAGUAAAGCUGAAACUAUGAGGGAAUUACUCGAAUUAAAGGAUCGGUUUCACAUUGAACUUAGUGAUGUGCAGGCUAAUUUAAUUGACGAUGCUUCAAGCAGAGAUAGUAUGAAUCAUCGUUUAUCUGAGCUUAGGGCUGAAUUAGAGAAGCUUCAAGUUGAAAAUGCUGCAGAAUGGGGAAAACGAGAACGUUUAGAAACUGAAAAGAUCUCGUUAGAACGAGAAAAUAAACAACUUCGUAAUGAAUUACAUGAUCUACAAGAAAGGAUAAAAUCUCGACGAUUGCGUCCAGUUUCUACAUCCGAGAGUGAUAUAAGACAGUUGCAACAAGAACUUUUAGUGACAAAAACGGUAUUACAAAAGUCGUUAAAGGAAAAGACAACAGAACUAUCACAUGCGGUGAGGAGAUCAGAACAAUAUGAAGCAGAAGUAAAGAGAGUGAGAGCAAGAGUAGAAGAAUUGAAAAAAGAAUUAGCUGCAGCUCAGGAUGAGGUAGACGCUGCGAGUAAUAGCGUUCGUAAAUUGCAACGGUCAAACGAAGAUCUUUUAGAGCAGUUAGAGUCUGCUAAUGUACAAUUAGAACACUUCCGAAAUAGAUUGUAGAACAGUUACUA